UAUAGAUAAAGUACCAAAAGUAACAUCUCCUGUUUUGGUAAUUCAUGGAACUGAAGAUGAUGUAAUAAAUUUCAAUCAUGGUUUAGCAAUUUAUGAGAGAUGUCCAAGAGCAGUAGAACCAUUAUGGGUUGAGGGUGCUGGUCAUAAUGAUGUAGAAUUAUAUGAUCAAUAUUUAGAACGAUUGAAGCAAUUUGUAAGUGUAGAACUGAUAAACUGACGGCGACUAAGCCUCUCCCAGAAUCAGGGGGGGCAGGGAGGAGGACAUACACAUGUAAGCAGUCAAGGACACACCACUUCUAAUAAUUCAAACACUACCAGUUCUAUUUCAACAAGCUCACAGACUGAAAAGCUUGUCUAGCAAUCGCCUUCCACAGGGGAGAAGGCACCUGUCCUCCCCUGUGAUGAAGAAUCAUCUUUCGUUUCUAUAGAUGAUGGAUUUUUCUUUCGUGAUCAACAGAUGGAUAUUAAUCAGAAAAUUCAUCAUAAAAAUUCUUUAAAGGAAACAUGUUCUGAGGAUGAUGACUCAAGUUUAGAUAGUAAUUCAAAAAAAGCUAUUCAACAAGAUGACAAAAAUAUGAAAGAAGAAGAAUUGAUAACAAAUAUUCAAGAUAAGAAACAUAAUAAAACAAUAUUAGAAGGUACUUCUAUUCGCCAUAACUUUCGAUUAAAUCAUAUUAGUCAAGUUGCAAAAAAACAUAUUUCUUUGCCAAAAAAUAUAAAAAACCCAUUUACUAAAAGUCAAAAGAAUAUUGUCCAUAGAACUUUAAAAAAUUCAUUUGGUCAAAGCCAUAAGAAAGCUGAUAUACAAAUAUCCCAUACAACUUUAGUUGACAUACAGGUUGAAGACUGCCGACAAUAUACUAUUGAAGAAAAGUCAUUGUCAUCAUAUUCCAAUAUAUCUAAUGAUAAUAAUAAAAGUAUUUCAGAUUGUAAAAAUAGUCAAAGUCAGUUCAAAUCAGAGAAAAAAUCUCCUAUAAAUCAGUUCAAAUAUAGCAGUAUAGAAUCUGUGUUGGAUUCAGAAUGUACUAAAAAUAAUAAGAAAUAUUGCAGUAAUAAAAUUCUAAAUAAAGAUACAACUAUAAAAGAUAAGAAGUCUGAAGAACAUGAUACACAGAUCCAUCAUGAAAAAUCAAUAGAAUCUUCAAAAAAGUUUUCAUGGGGUAAUAAGAGCAGUAAAUUUGCAAGUAAGAGUUUUGAAAAAACAUGUAAGGAUAAAGGAAAAAAUGAUUCUAUAGAGAAAAAAUUGAAAGCUAAAAAAAUUCUUUGCAGUCCUUUAAGAAAAUUUGGUCGAUCAUCUUUGACAAUCGAACCGGAUAAAAUUAUGAUAAAUUUACCAAAGUGUUCUCCUUGCGCUUGUAGAUUGGCUGCAAGUUCAAAAAUUUUAUCCAAUGAUUCCAGUUUAUUGUCCCGAUUUACUAUAAAUCGUGAAAGUCCUCAUCACGCUGUACGUUCGAAGAGUCCGUCGCAUAUAGACGUACAAACGGAUAUUAGUUCAAAGUCUUCAGAAAGGACAUCAAUGCAGACUAAUUUAUUUUCAAAUAUACAACAAUUUAAAAAAUCACGAUAUACGCCUCGAAGCAGAAGCGUCGGUGAGUUGUGCAACAUUGUCAACAAAUGAAGCAGUCUUGAGUUAUUCAUCUAGUAGAAUUUCUGGACAAAACUGGACUUCCAACAUCGUCAGUUGAAUGCUCAGGAAAUGUUUAUUCAAAAAUUAAAAAGAAAACUAUAUAUAGAACAUUCUGAUAAAAUUUAACAAAGCAACUUUAGAGGCAAAGUGUUAACUAAAUAACAUGAAUCCCACAAGUUGUCGCUCCAUUAUUCUUCCACAUAACUUUAAAGAAAUCAUAGAUUUAUACGCACGACACUUAUUCGGGCUGUAACAGUGCUAGUGAGACUGUGCACAUAAAUACACAUAUAAUACAUACAUAAAAUUUAUUAUAUUUCUAGAGAUAUGAAAUAAUAUAUCUGUGCAUAUUAAAUAUUCUUAUUACACAUGCGCACACAUACUGGUGCAUGCGUGUGUAUGUUGUAAGCCGUUUUUAUAGCAUAUGCUGUGGAACGUUGUUACGACAAAUAUGUCGAGUAUUAUUAUUAUUAUUUUUACUAUUAUCUUCCUUAAGAUUAGGGAGUCGAAUGGCUUACAUUGAAAUACUUUCUGCUACCACGAAUGAUACUAUACUUGCCUGUAGCAAGUAUAUGGUAUGAGAAUUCUUCGCUGAACCUAUUUCUUAAUUUAAAAAUUUCAAUAUAAUUUUAUAUUAUCAUUGAUUAAUUAAGAAUUUGUUCAUCAUCAUUCAUUAUUUCAUUAUGCAUUUAAACUUAUUUUUCUAAAAUUUUUCUGAAAAAGAAUAAGCAGCAAUUAGUAGAUUUAUUAGUGAAUAUGAGAUGUAUAUUUGGCAUUUCAGUGUUUCCUUUUAUGACUCAAUUUUAUAAAUUAGGUUCAGCGGUGAAACAAAUGUAAUGUGAAAUCGCAUGUUUUUAUAAAUAAAUCGCUGUCACUGUGACCAGUGUAUAUGAUAGCUGUAUCGAUAACGAAAACAUUUGUUUUUAUAUUGACCCACAGCAGAGGCCUGUGCAGUGAGCAAUGGAAAUCUUCCAAGAUAGCAAAGAAUUUAGAAUAGAGAUUAAAAAUUAAUGGAUAGCGUUAAGAAAUCGUGUAAGUGUGAGACGUCAUAAAAGACGUUACGUUUUACUGAAAAUGAAUGAGAUGAUGAGAUAACAAUAAGAAUGCAACUAGAUAGGGACAAUAUUACUGCCAAACUUGAUUAUGAAUUAGUUUAUUUCUAAAGAGAUGAAUCGUUUGGAGGAUCUUGUCUAUAGGUAUGUUUCUUGUUAGUAUUUUUAUAUCUCGAUAAUGUAAAUACAGUACAAUUAAAUAAUUUUUUCUUCAUUAGUGUAUGUAUAAUGUAUGCGACAACGUGACUGUACGGAGCCAAUGGAAUGAAUCGGCGCUAGUACAUGUAUGUAUUUCUGUAGAAAUUUUUUUUUUAAUUUUGAGUUUUCUUGAAAAUUUUUACCCGUCCCUGUUAUCUUUUAAAUAAUAAAUUACUACGAAUGUUUUCAAAUUAUGAGUAUAAAUUGAAAUUAAAUAUAUGUGUAAUUGUAAUGGUAUGAAUGAAUGGAAAGUGAAUAUAAAAUUGUUAAAAUUUAAUUAAAACAAAAAAAAAUUAAUGAAUUACUAUUGCAAAAUAAUUAAGAAUAAUGUAUAAUUUUCGUUAUUUUAUCUAUAAGUUUGAUAUUCUUAAUUGUUGUUAUCUAUAUUAUUAUCUUCAAAUAUUACUUUUGUUACUUAUUUUGCAUUGUUAUUUUAUUAAUUAUUAUCUAAUUAUCAAUCUUUAUAUUCACUUUCCUUUAAUAUUAAUCUCUUAGAAUAUAUUAUGAUGCAUUAUAGUAUCGAGAUAGAGAGUCCGAUACUACUCUUCCAUUGGCUUUCACGUAGCCGCUAUUAAAUUGAUCUGUAUCGAUCGCAAUUCUAAUAUCUAUUUCGUAACUUGUGAAAAAAAAAAAAUUUAUACUGUUGUUUGACAAAUAUCCAGUUUUAUAGACGGCGAAUAUUUCAAAGAGCGAAUUUUAUAGUAAACUUAGUAAAAACAACAUAUACAUAUAUAGAAUAACAAAAUGAUCAUCGGUGCUCGACGAAAAAUAGAUUUGGUCGUAUAUAAAACUGGAUAAAAAAUAACUUUUGUACAGCAUAUUUCGAACGCAUACGUGUCCCCUCUUUCUUCUACUUUCAUUCUCGUUUUCCAUCGUGUGUUUCUCUCUUUCUCUCUUUCUCUCGCUCAUUUCUUUUACUAUUUUUUAUUGUCCUACUCUGUCUCUCAAUACGCGUCAAGCAAUCGACCGGUUUUGAACAGCACUUUCGUCUUUCAUAAUUGCAUCGUGCUGGUAGAAUGGUACUCAAUGGUCUUUUUUUUUUUUCUUUGGGUAUCACGCGAAUCACGGUGCGGUAUUCAUAACUGUACAUAUUAGCGUGUAAGUGAAAUAUUAGAAAUAAUAUACUCGAUGUUCUGUUCGGUCGUAUCUAAUGUACUUACGGGAGAAGAUAGGUUAAAGAGAUGGGAGGGAGGAGAUAACAAUGAUAGAGAUUACAAGAUCCCUUGAAUCGAUCGUUAGUCAUAUGUCAUAUGUAUCACAAAAUGUAGUCACAAAG